ACACAUUCAACGACCACUUCAAAGAGCUCUGUGUGCCCGUCUUGCAUGUCUACAUUUCUCAUGACGCCCAAAAGAACUACAAGGUCCAAGCAGCAGCUUAUCGUCCCAGUAAUCUCGAAAUUCCACCGUCAUGUACUACUAUGGGCACAGAAACCGCCCUCCACUUCGAGACGCCGUCCUCAUUUCCGCUCUGCGGAGAAACCGGGAUUGGAGACGAAAGACCGCAUGAGUUCAUAAACUCGGUAAGUUGAAUAGCACUGUGGGGGGAGGUAGGUUCAUGGCGCAGCCUACUACAUCCUACUACAUCCUGCCAUCCGCAUGGACAAUGUUCGUCCGGCGCCAUAGCAUCACCGAACUUUCCAGCGCAAGUAUACCUACCUAAGUUAUAGUCGGGCGUCCAAUUGGCGGAGGAAACCAUGGGCUCCGAGUCCAGGCUGAAGAUGCACAGUGGGCAUCUACUGGCCCACGACACAACAAACCCAUCUCAAACAACACCAACAUCUUACAACAACUUGAACCGACCUGGACAGAACAAUACCAGCAACAAGACGCUGCUCCGCGGCACAGCCAGUCUAAUCAUAUGGGGCAGCGUCGACGGGACAGCCGUUGACGAAGAAGCCCUCAACGCAUGGUGGACCAACGAACAUCUCCCUGAACGCCUCGCCAUUCCCGGCUUCCUACGGACGCGUCGAUACUACGCACACUCACACUCCGAAUCCCAAUCAUCAUCAUCUUCAUCUCACUAUCUCGUAUGGUACGAAGUAUCAUCUCUAGAGACACUCACGUCGUCGGCCUACACGUCGGCUCUCGACGACCCAACCCCGAACACAAAACACUUUAUGCCGUUACUGGCAUCGAUGAACAGGUCGGCUUGUCGACUCGUUUAUUCUACGACAAGGCCUGAAUUACUCGUCAACACAGGCGCCGGUGGCACACUCGCCCAUAUCGUCUUCCAACCCCCAUUUUCUCUCGUUCAACGACAAGAACUCCGCUCAUGGAUCAUCGACUCAGCUUGGUCAGCCGUUCUGGCGCCGUACCAUGCGUGCCUGGCCCUGCAUUUCUUCGAGCAUGAUGAACAUGCUACCCGCGCGGGAAGUUCUACAAAGUCGUACCAGGCGGUGCGGUUUCAGGAGGAUCAGUCGCAAACACGCGGUGCGUCUGGACGUACUAUUACUGAAGACAACACUACUACUUCUACUACUACUCCUCCUCCUCCUCCUAAUAGUACCACUACUAGUACUAGUGGUGGUCGGUGGAUGCUAAUGCUCGAAUUCGCCGAACCGCUGGGAGCAUCGUUUGGAAAGGCACAAGUGAUUACUGAUUCGAUAGUGCGGCAUCUCCAGGCUUUGCAUGCAGAUAAUGUCCAUGCGCGGCUGUAUGGCCUUAUUUGUGCGCUGGCUGUAUGAAUAUGGAAUUUGUAAGUGCCAAUAAGACCAUACAGCCGCUCCGGGUCACCGUACCGUGCUCAACUUCAGGCAUGGGCACAGUCAGGAGAGGGUCAAGCGAACGCGUGGUUUUGUUUUUUUCGGCGGCCGUGGAAUAUCAAGCUUUAGAGGAGAAAAAGGGUCCUUCAGAAGUUUGGCAUCUGAUAAGUGUGGUGGAAUGUAGACGGCCAUCAUUCCGGAAAGAGAACAUAAUGAACCAUCAUUUUCGGGGCUCACUACUAUUCGUUGUUUGCUUUUGGUCAUGGUCUCUUCAUUAACAUAUCAGACAUUGUUACAGGAGGCUCCUCUAUCGCUUUUGGAUCCUCAUCUCGUACCGAUCACUUCCAGCGGCAGCUGGACACCAUGUCAUCCAUAUGUAGUGUGCUACAAUCAGCCCUCGCUCAGCGCACUGGUGUCGAUCUUGAAGGUUUCGAUCUCGUUCAGAUAGUCCGGAUCUAUGAGGUGAUUUUGUUAGUCCCUGCUUGUGCAUCGCAUCACUGCAAGGGGUGGGGGCAACAUGAACCUACCAGUUUUGUUCUCGAUAAUAAACUUUUGCA